UAUUUGUGGCAACAGAAACAUCAGCCGAGUGUAAAUCUGCAGCUAUGGUGAAGUAUUCCAGAGAACCAGACAAUUCCACCAAGUCAUGCAAAGCUAGAGGCUCUGAUCUUCGAGUUCACUUUAAGUAGCUUCCAUAUUCCCUACUGGGAGACAAGAUGAAGGCUUUUCAAUGAUGUAGUUGCUGCAAUAUAUGUGUAUAAAUUUCAACCGUGUUGCUUAUCUCCUUUUGCCUUGGGAGACAAGAAGGUGAACUUUACUGUUGCAAUUGAGUUUUUUCCCCAAUGUGGAAUGAAGCUUGUGGCCCUUCACUUAUUAAGAAUACAAGAGAGACUGCUCAUGCAAUUCGGAAAUUGCAUUUAGCCAAGGCUAAAAGGUACUUGGAGGAUGUUAUGGCACACAAGCAAGCAAUCCCAUUCCGCCGUUUCUGUGGUGGUGUUGGACGAACUGCACAGGCAAAAAACCGCCAUUCAAAUGGACAAGGGCGCUGGCCUGUUAAAUCUGCAAAAUUUAUCCUUGAUUUGCUCAAGAAUGCUGAAAGUAAUGCAGAGGUAAAAGGUUUAGAUGUUGAUUCACUCCACAUAUCUCACAUCCAAGUCAACCAAGCACAAAAACAACGUCGCCGCACUUACAGAGCCCAUGGAAGGAUAAACCCUUACAUGUCCUCCCCAUGCCACAUCGAGUUGAUUUUGUCAGAAAAGGAAGAACCUGUUAAGAAGGAGCCCGAGACUCAGCUGGCUGCUAGGAAACCGAAGUCUCAAGUGUAGUGGGGGUUCCUCCUGAAGGCAAGCAGUGAACUGGUCCUGAGAAUCGGCACUAUUCAAACAUUUUGCUUUUUCUUAUCUGGUGGAACACUGACACUCUUUUUGAGUCAGUUUUCUGAGAUGUUUGUUCUAUAUCUUAUACUCUUUUGAGUUAGUUUUCUGAGAUGUUUGUUCUAUAUCUUAUACUCGUUUACAAUGUACUACUUUCGCAAUUGGAGUUCAAAGAUUGAGACCGCCGAAAUAUUUCUAUGGAAUUUUGUUACUUGUUAGAAGCAGCCUGAAAGGUUUAAGCA